CGACGCGAUUCCGAAAAUCCGGCAUCUCACAAAUUCUCAUGUAGCCACUCGAAGCCGAACGUUCAACAUCUCAUCCGCUGCCGCCAUGCCCCCCCGACUCAACAUCCCGCCCGUCACUCGCAUCCUCCUGGUGGUGCUGCUCCUGCAGUCCGUCCUGAGCGCAGCAGUGCGCUAUCGCCAAUGGUCCGCACACUCCGAGAUCGUCGUCGAAUGGCUGACUCUCAUCCCCCAACUCUCGCUGUUCUAUCCCUGGACCUUCUUGACGGCUACUCUGGUCGAAAAUAACAUCUUUACCUUGACUAUCGCCGGGCUCACUCUUUACCAUGGGGGCAGGUAUCUGGAAAGGGCAUGGUCCUCGAGGGAGUUCGCCAAGUUCCUUCUCGUGGCCUCUCUGAUUCCCAACAGCUUGUCUUUUCUGGUUUUGGUCACAUUGUUCACGAUCACGCGGAACGAGAGAUGGACGCUGACGACGAUCGCUGGCACGAUACCAUUGCAGAUCUCCUUUCUCGUUGCUUUCAGUCAACUUGUUCCGGCACAUACCGUCACCCUCUUCCGAGGUGUCCUGUCUUUGCGCGUACCCCGGUUCCCCUUGCUCUACAUCGGCUUCGUCGGAAUUCUCUCCCUAACACCACUGCUCUCGAGCGCAUCGCUUUUCUUGGCUAUAUUUGGCCUUCUUUCGAGCUGGACCUACCUGCGCUUCUAUAAGACGGUCUUCCCGGACCUCGAUUCCUCGCAAGCAACGUCUAUGCGAGGAGAUGCGAGCGAAACGUUCGCCUUUGCCGAGUUCUUCCCCGGACCGGUGAAGCCGUUCGUCGCGGCGAUUACAGAUCAGAUUUUCAACGCGAUGGUCGCGAUAAAAAUAUGUACGCCGUUCUCGCAGGCAGACAUAUCCGCCGCGCAGGGCGGCAGCUUCCAGCGCUCCGCCCACGGAGGCGUGAGGGCCGAAGCCGAGAGACGGAGAGCUCUGGCUCUCAAGGUACUUGACCAACGACUGCACGCCGCCACCGCAGGCGCAGGACCAAGCACCGCUCCGCGUGGUCCAUCUCAACCCCCCCCGCAACCGGCCGCCCCCACAGUGCAGACGCAGCCUCGGCCGAGCACGCAGGCGGCGAUGAGUUCGCAGCCCGCGACGGUGCUGGGGGAGACGAACUAUAACCCUGAUCAAGAUCACGGCGAGAGGGAGGAAUCUUGAGGUAUCCGCCCCACGGAGAGGCUGCGGAGAUCGCUCUUGCCUCGA